AUGGGUCAAGCUAAUCAGUUGCCUCCAGAGCUUCUGAAAUGGCUGUACAGAGUGCUCCAGCCGGAGUACCAGAACGCCAUGUUGGUAUACCAGGAUGUCUCGUUGGUUCUCAUGGUAUUUUCAGCACUGAAGCCUCGUACGCGAGUAUAUGAUGACGAAUAUGGCCGGUCGCGACUGCUCCUGAACCUGUAUGGUAGCAUGGCAUAUACACAGAAUGGAGCUCCAUUUUCAGCCCCAAUAGAAGUUUGGUUCCCUCAGGAGUACCCACGAGAGCCUCCUGUAGUUUAUGUGGUGCCAAACUCCCAAACCUUGCUGAAUCCCAACAACUGGAUGGACCAGAACGGACGGAUCUACCACCCUCUGCUGAGCAGCUGGUCCGCAACGUUUGGUUCCCAGACUUCGAACGAAGGAAUUCAGCCGAACCAGAACAGGCUUUUGGUGCUUUUCAACACAAUUCAGGAGUGUUUUGAUAGACAAUCACCAGUGUAUGCUAGACCAGCUAGUUUGGCAACAUCACCACCACCUCCACCACUUCCGCAUCCAAAACCCGUCAAGGCUACUCCUACGGUGAAAUCGCCACCUCCGCUUCCCACGAAAACUGUCCGAUCGCCGGUUCAGUCGCCUUCUCCUGUUCUUUUCGCUACUCCCGUUAGACCUGCUACUCCCCAGGCGCAGCCAGUCCAACAGACUCUGCCUCCACCGGUGCCUGCGAAUCCGGUAAGAGCCCAGGUAUCCAGAGAUUUGCCUGCAAAGCUUCAACAAAUUCUUGAGAACGAUGUGAGACCGUUUUUUGCAGGCGACAUCAUCUCUGUGCUUGACUCUGUUCAGCAAAAACUGUACGACCUACAAAACCGUCGUGAUGCUCUGAAAAAUGUUGCAGGUGCCUACGAAGACAAAGCGAAACAGAACGAGUCCAUAGUUCAGAAAGCCGAGGAUGAACUACAAAAGACAAUCGAAAAGGCCAAUUCCGCUCCGGAGCCGGAUAUCGACCGGGUCUUUGCCGCAGAGACAGUGGUUUACAACCAGCUGUACGAUCUUGUGGCUACCAAUGAGAGUAUUUCAGAUACUUUGUACGUUUUAGAACGCGCUCAUGAUGAUGGUUCUGUGCCUUUCAAUGCCUAUAUGAAACACGCAAGGGGAUUGGCCAGAGAGCAGUUCAUGGUGAAGGCACUUAUGAAUAAGAUAGCAGAUGUGUGUCAGUUGGACACUGUUGUUUAG